AUGGAGUUCUUAGAAGCCUUUCCAUACAUCAUCAAGUACAAAAAGGGAAAUUCAAAUAUAGUGGCAGAUGCAUUAUCACGGAGGUAUGGUCUCAUUACCAUGAUGAAUGCUAAACUAUUGGGAUUUGAAUUGAUUAAAGAUCAGUAUAUGGAUGACCCAACCUUUGCUUCUACAUACUUGGUUUGUGAAAAGGGAGGGGCUGUUAAUGGUUUCUAUAGGCAUGAAGGGUACUUGUUUAAAUCUGGGAAGCUUUGUAUUCCUAAUGGAUCUAUCAGGGAGCUCUUGGUGUGGGAAGCACAUGGGGGAGGUUUACCUGGUCACUUUGGUGAAAAGAAGACUUUGGAGCUGAUUAAAACACACUUCUAUUAG